AUGCCUUCCCAGAAUGAAACGACUUCCAGCGGUGCCCAGGGCACCAACAACGCACCACCCCAGGCCCCUACUGAAGCCCCGACCAGCCGACGAGCGGUAAUGAAGAGGAAAUCAUCUGCUGCAGCAUCACAGCCAAAAAGACACAAGCCCUCUGAUACCAUAGAAACAAACGAGAAGGCCCCGGAUGGAUCCUGGAAGACGGAGCCAAUGCGAAACAUGGUAGAUCGCUUUGGGACUCUGUCCCGGGCGCAGUACAACAUGGCAAUCAUCGACGCCGCCAAAGCCGUGUUAAAGGACCACCCAGACCUCCUCGAGGCCGUCGGCAGUGCGGCCGCGGCCAAAUACAAAAAGGCCAUGGUCCAUCAUAUUAAAUCUGAUAAGAGCUCCGCCGAAAUGAUGGUUUUUUUCCAUCAGACGCAGGAGCCUGAUUUCGACUUUCACUCCCCCGAUGACCCGCACCAGUCAGAGGGACAUGACGGCGCUGGUGAAGCCGAUACCGACGCCGAGGACGGGGGCGAGGGCGAGGGCGAGGGCACCGCCGGCGCCCAAGACAUCGAAAACUCGUCGGAUAACUCACGCGGCCAGGAGCAGAAGAUCCAGUCGUUGUUGUCGUCGUCUCGACGUCGACGAGGAGAAGACGAAGAACGUCGCUUGUCUAGGAAGCAGGUUUUCCUGCAAACAAAAAGAAUCCAGGAAUGGGAGUAUAGAAUUUGCAGUACCCGUGAUACGGAAGGCGUUCUCUCGCGCCAUCGUGACCAUCGCCGUGACACCUAUCCUCGUAACUAUGCCCGUAGCCCCCAUGACAACACCCCCAACCCUGUCCGCAAGCGCAUCCAUAUCGGCAAUAACAUCACUAGCAUCUCCUCCCUCCCUCCCACUCCCCCUUCCUCCCGUCCCUCCCUCACCGCCGACGACGACGAUAUCGAAGCUGAGCUCGCCCUGCUGCGGCCGCGCGCGGAGAGGCUUCCCGGGACCUUCCGCUCGCGCGACGCCGCUAACGCUCGGCUCGAGGACGUGGCGUCGCAGGAGGCCGUGCUGCGGGGGCCCAACGCUGCGGUGCGGCGCGACGUGCGGGCGCGGACGCCCCACGGGCUGCUGUGCGCGCGGCUCGAGCUGGCCACCGGCGAGCGCCGCGUCCUGUGGGUGGAGCGGCGUCUUACUGGCGUGCGGCGGCCCCGCGCGCCGCGGCGGCAGCGGAGAGGGAAAGGGCCCGACGGAGGUCGAGGCGCAGAGGAGGGCUGGCACCCGAGGCUCCCGCUUUACGUCGUCGAGUGCGAGUUCGUCACGAGGAAGGCCGACGAGGGGCCGCGGCGUGUGGUGCGACGGCGGGUGAGGAGGGUGAAGCAGACGAAGGAGAGGGAGGAGGAGGAGGCGAGCAAGACGGCAGGCGAGAGUGAAACCGGGGAUGGUGAGGAAAACGAGGAUGCGGAGAGGCAGUUAGCGGGGGGAGAAGAAGAAGAAGAAGAAGAAGAAGGGGGCUACGAGUCGGAAGACGAAGACAAAGACUACGACUACGAAGAGGUAGAAGAAGAAGAAGAAAUCGUCGAGGGCGCCUUCACGGGGGACGUGGAGCUGGCACGGCUGCCGUUCGAGAUCUUCACGGAGCAGGGGCUCGCAGACGCGCGGGCAGCGGAGCUGUUCCUGCGGCACUCGGCGGUACAGGAGGGGGAGCGCAACGUGCUCGACGACGAAUGGUGGGCGCGGCGCGCGGUACCGGCGCACGACGCGGCGGCCGCGGCGGCGAGGGCGAGGGAGAGGGAGGGGCAGCAGGGGACGGCCGGGUACUGCGCCGAACUUGACGUCGGCGAGAUGCGCACCCGCCUCGGGUACGACUCCCUCCGCGUCGCGGUCUACGCCGUCGGCGACGUCCAGGGGCCGCUUAACAUCUGACGAGACAGAUACGCACACGCAGAAAGAGAAAAAAAAGGGGGGGGGGGAUACGGCGGUCUGUUAGGUAUUGCUACCUAGCGAGGCCGGCCGGGCCGGCUCUGUAUGAAUCUAUGGCUCUAUCGAGGGAUCUCUAUCUGCGACGAGAAGGGGUGGUUGAGGGGGAAGGGGAGGAGUAUUGGAGUGGAUGUGUGGCUAGAAACGGCAGGGUAGGCAGGUCUUUGCGGAGGCCAUGUUCGACGCAGACGGGAUGCGGGUGCGCCCCGCGAUGACUUGCUGGUCCAAUUUGUCGGCCGCUGGCUCACGAGUCGGGGUCUCGAGUAGAGAGAGUUUCUAAUACGAGAUACGAUGAUAUCUCGCCUGCUGACGGUCUGUCUCGUCCGCGAAGAGAGGGAACGGGCUGCUGACUGGGAGAUAAUGAUGACGGCACAACACAAAUAAGGCGACAAGGCAAAGCGCGGGAAGCCGGCCGGCGUACCCCCCCACGGCCGCUUGUCUAGGCGAGAUGCCGUGAAUCCAGACAGAGAGACAGACGGGGAGGGACUGACUGGGCCGAGUGCCGGAGU